AUGAGAGACUGUGUGCAAGAACAAGUUGUUUUGGAUGAGAAGGAUGAUGGGGAAGAAGAUGGCGCUGUGGAGGUUGAGGUGGAUUGUGAUGGAGCUGCUAAUGUUGAGGUUCUAUUGGAUGAUAUCAGUCCUAUUCUUACCGAUCGAAUGUACAGCAAGAAUAUUGCAAAAGCUAGAUGUUAA